AUGCUUCUCCGGUUACCGCCUAGCCUCCAUUACCCGAUCACCGUCACGUCGCUGCUGAAACAGCCCGGUGAUAAGGUGGAACGGGAUGAGGCGCUGUUCUGGUAUGUGUACCAGACGACUGUGACGGAGGGGGAUGGGCUGGGAAAUAAGGUGGAUGUGAAGCGCAAGUUUCCGACGAAGUUUGAGUCGACGGUUGAUGGGGAGGUGGUGCAGUGGAAGAUUUCAAAGGGGGAUGUUAUUGAUGAGCCGGUCGAUGUUUUGGAAAUCGAUGAGCCAUGUGCUCAUGAGGUUCAGUUUGGUGGGCUCUGUGCCAUUUGUGGCAAGGAUAUGACUGAGAUGCGAAGCGCCGCUUACUGGCGAAUCGGAAACUAUCGCUUGUCGUCGAUCUGGACCAAACCAUUAUUCAUGCUACCGUCGACCCGACUGUCGGAGAGUGGAUGGAGGAUAAGGAGAACCCGAAUUAUCAGGCUUCUGAGCGAUGUGCGUGCGUUUCAGCUGGUAGACGAUGGGCCGGGAAUGCGCGGGUGCUGGUACUAUGUGAAGCUACGACCAGGGCUAGAGUCGUUUCUGCAGAAUGUGUCGGAGAUGUAUGAGCUGCAUAUCUACACCAUGGGAACGAGGUCCUAUGCGCAACAUAUCGCUAGUAUCAUAGAUCCAGACCGCAAACUUUUUGGUGACCGUAUUCUCAGCCGAGAUGAGAGUGGCAGCUUGGUGGCCAAGAACCUGCACCGGCUAUUCCCGGUGGACACCAAGAUGGUCGUCAUUAUCGAUGACCGCGGGGACGUCUGGCGCUGGAACCCCAAUCUCAUCAAGGUGUCGCCGUACGACUUCUUCGUCGGCAUCGGGGACAUCAACUCUAGUUUCCUCCCGAAGAAGCAGGAGCUGGGACCUCCCAGCAAAGGGGGUGAGAAGCCGGCAGCGAAGGCCGCCAAGGGGGGUUUGGCGGAACAUCAUGUCAACGGGGCGACGGCAAAGAGAGACGACCAGACAGAGGUAUCGACAUUGGAGCAGCUGGUAACCAUGGGUGGCGGCGAUAAUCCCAGGCUACUACAAGAACAGAGUGAUGCACAAGAGGAGACAAUCAUGCAUCAAGUGGAGGACCGACCAUUACUGCAGAAGCAAAAGGAGCUAGACGCGGAGGACGAUGCAGCAGAGAGCAGCGAUACAUCCAGCAGCAUAGACGACUCACAAGAUAUGAGCAAGCACCGACAUCACCUACUGGAGGACAACGAUCGGGAGCUGUUCGACCUCGAGGUACGUUUGGAGCAAGUACACCGAGACUUUUUCGACGAAUACGACAGACGACGUUCACGGGCACUGGGCGGACGAGUCGCCGCCCUGCGCGGCGAGAAGACCCCGUCCAAGGAGAAGGACGUCGACCUGAAACUCGUACCGGACGUCAAAAUCAUCAUGCCCAACAUGAAGCAUCGUAUCCUCGGCGGCGUGACCCUCGUGUUCUCGGGCGUGCUUCCCCUCGGCACGGAUACACAAAACGCCGACAUCUYCCUCUGGGCGAAGAGCUUCGGGGCAGUCAUUGCAUCAAAGAUCAACAUGAASACCACGCAUCUCGUUGCGGGCCGAAACCGCACAGNCAAAGUGCGCGAAGCAACUCGGUACCCGAAAGUCAAGAUCGUUACGACACAAUGGCUCCUGGACUGCCUGACGCAAUGGAAGCGCUUAGCGGAGGAACCGUACCUCCUUCCCGUGCACCCAGACGACCGCGGCGAGCCAAUCUCACCGGGAUCCAAAGAGGUAGCGGAGAGCGGGUGGCUCUCAUCGUCGGACGAGGCGACGGGCGACUCUGUAGCGGAUGACGAAGAGGCAACAGAGGAAAUCCUCAAAUCCGCAGGCAUAUCCGAAAUGUCGCCCCUCGGCUACGACGACGAGGAGCAGGCCGAGGUCCACGAAGAGCUGAAAGAGUUCCUGGGUAGUGACGAUGAGAGCGAGAGCGACAGCGAAGCCACAUUCAUGGAUGAACCAGGCACUCCUGCCAGCAAGAAGCGGAAGCGCGAGGAAGGAGAAGGCGGCGAGGGCGACGAUGACCAGGAGACGGAUAGUGCUGGCGAGGGCGACGAGCCAAGCUCGCGGCUAUCGCAGCGGAUCAAGCGGUCAUACGAGCGCAGCACGGGGUUGAAGGAGGUAGCCAGUGCAGGGACGGUAGAGUCGACAGCAAGUACAACAGCAUCUGCGACUGAGCCGGGGACAGAGGAGCCGGAGCAGGUUGCUGAAGAGUCGAGCCCGCCUGAUCCAGCAGAGGUGGAUCCAGCAGAUGAGGAUGACGAGCUGGAGCGCGAGAUGAUGGCUGCAUUUGAGGGAGGGGAUUACAAUUCGGAGGCGGAGGAACAAAUUGCAAAUGAGAACGGAUAG